UCAAGAACGUACACGUUUCGUUAGGAGGUAUAUAUGUUCAGUAUCUAAUCGAUUUUAGGUGUGUUAUUUGACUAAAUAGCCACUUUAACGUGAACGUAGGUGUAGAACCCUAUAGUACACAUGAAUCGACAAAGUACGAAUAUUAGAAUACUAAUCUCAGCACAUGGACCUACAUAUUGACAUUUUCGUUCCAAGUAACCCGAUCAGAGUAACUGUAGUUACUCUCAUCCGACAUGGCGAAGGACAUAAACGUGGCGUCGGCGUUAAGACUACUACAGCUGCGCUCAGUACAGGUCAGUGUGUGCCUAAUUUCGCUCAUCGUUACAGUGGUCCUGUACGCACAAAAGAACGAAAAGCCCAUAUAUUCAGAUACCAUAACUGCCACAAAGACAAUUGGAAAAACUAUGUAUUCUAGGAAAGAUUUAUGGAGAGAGGACAACCAAUCUGUUCACUCCGACAUAUCGUCAACAAAAAUUAUUCUUUCAUAUACACCAGCCAGGUGGUUUGACGAGUGGGUAGGUACAAAGUGGAAUACCACCAAUGUGUUCCGAACAUGUCCAGUGUCGAAUUGUGUUUUAACACAGGACAGGACAAUGCUAAAUGUAGCUGAUGCAGUCCUGUUCAGAUUGAAUGAUCUAGGGACGUGUAGGACUAAAUUUAAACAAGGACAAGUAUGGGUUUUAUUCGAACAUGAGUCCCCAAACUAUGCUCAUAAGUCGUUAAAGAAAUGUAAUAACAAUCUCGUAAAUUGGACGCUCACAUAUCGGCGGGAUUCUGACUUCAUGUUGGUACACGGACAGUUCCCACAACACGACACAGGGUACAAUGUGAGUGGGAUGUACCAAUUAUUGCGAUCGAAAUCAAAGACAGCUGUUGGCUUUAUAAGUCAUUGCAAAGCUCCUUCAAAACGAGACGAAUUUGUACGCAAACUUCGAUCAUACGGCGUGGACAUUGAUAUAUAUGGCAAAUGUGGAAAUCUUACGUGUGGUGGGGGAAAAGACACUAAAUGGAAGGGCGUGUGGAAUGUGACGUCAGGACAUAAAGAUAACUGCUUUGAUGUUCUAGACAGUCAGUACAAAUUUUAUCUUUCUCUGGAAAAUUCUUUAUGUAAAGAUUACGUCACAGAAAAGUCCCUACAUCUUGUAUUACGUCAUCAAAUUGUGCCGAUAAUUAGAGAUGGCGCCAAUCGUUCACUAUAUCACCCCCCACACUCCUAUGUUGAUACAAAGGAUUUCAAAAGCAUAAAAUCGCUUGCAAAAUAUAUCAAAUAUUUAUCAGAAAAUUUUGACGAGUAUUUGCAGUUUUUUAACUGGAGGAAACAGUAUUCUGUUGAAACUGUAAGUGGUGUUUUACAAUCUGUAUUUUGUGAUAUGUGUAAUCGCAUGCAUAAUCAGCAUCGUUACAAACGGUUGUACAAUAAUGUGAAACAUUUUUAUGAAAAAUCGCAUGGAAGGGAGACAAAUAAACAUAUCUGUAGAAACCGAUUGAUAUAAAAUUGGUUUCCUGACAUGGUUUUUGGAAUUAAUUUUGACAAGCAGCGUUUCUUUCAUGAAUCGAGCUACAUUGUUUCAAUUCUACAACAGUAGAAUGAUUUUGAUGAUUUAUAACAAAACAUGUACUGUGGUCAAGAUAUUAAUCAUUAUAUAGCCGAUGUCAUAUCAGCGUAUUCAAGUUCUAUUUAUGAUUAAAUGCGUUAUUUUGAUUUCCUGUCAAUAUCAUUAAUUAACCAUACAUGUAAUAUAUAUGUAAUAAAAAAUA